AUGACACAUGCAGACGUCGACCAGGGCAAGCGUGAUGGCUACCCACGACCAUUUCCCAAUACGCCAGACAAUGUGUUCCAGCAAUUUAGCAUGAAGGGCAAAGUCUCUGCAAUUACUGGUGCUUCCGAUGGAAUUGGCUGGGCUGUGGCCGAAGCACUGGCCGAAGCUGGAAGCAAUCUGGCCCUGAUGUACAACAGCAACAGUGCUGCUGAGAGCAAGGGCAAACAGCUCGCAGAGCAGUAUGGUAUCAAAGUGAAGGCCUACCAGCUGCAAGUUACAGACCCGGUCAAGGUUGAGGAGACUGUCAAUCAGAUCGUCACGGACUUUGCCAAGCUGGAUGUAUUCGUUGCUAAUGCGGGAAUGGCCAAUUCGAAGCCCAUAUUGGAGCAGAGUAUUGAAGAAUACAGGGAACUGGUGUCUGUCAACCUUGAUGGAACCUUCUAUCAGGCCAAAUUCGCAGGACAUGUAUUCAAGAAGCAAGGUUUCGGCAAUCUCAUACUGACGUCCUCGAUAUCUGCUCAUAUCGUGAACGUACCCAUCGAUCAACCGGUCUAUAAUGCCACCAAAGCUGCUGUUUCACACCUGGGAAAAUCUUUGGCUCGCGAGUGGCGAGAAUUCGCGAGGGUCAAUAUUGUGUCGCCGGGUUUCUUCGAUACGAAGCUGGGAGCGGGACCAGGAGUGCGGAACGAAGCAUACCGCAUGGCUGUACUUGGGAGGCAGGGUCACACGAAGGAGAUCAAAGGAUUGUUCCUCUAUCUGGCAAGUGAUGCGUCAUCCUACCAGACCGGUUCUGACGUGAUUAUUGAUGGAGGCUACACAUUGCCAUAG